UCUUUGCUUUCCAUAACAGUCUCUGAGUGCCCUGGAUUCCAGGAGGGGGUUGCCAAACUCCCUUCCUGCAGCUGAGCUCGGCUACGGUUUUUCUUUGGGAGCGCAGCCGAAACCAAGAAAAUUAAUCCAAAAGCUUCUGAUGAGGACUUUUAAGCCAGGAAAAUCCCUUUGAUUUGUUGCACAGGAUGGGCGACUGGGGUUUCCUGGAGAAGUUACUGGACCAGGUGCAGGAGCAUUCAACAGUCAUCGGCAAGAUUUGGUUGACGGUCCUCUUCAUUUUCCGAAUCUUGAUCCUGGGACUAGCUGGGGAGUCCGUCUGGGGGGAUGAGCAGUCAGAUUUUGUGUGCAACACCAAGCAACCUGGUUGUACCAACGUCUGCUAUGACAAAGCCUUCCCUAUUUCCCAUAUUCGUUACUGGGUGCUGCAGUUCCUCUUUGUCAGCACCCCAACUUUGGUCUACCUGGGGCAUGUCAUCUAUCUCUCCCGGCAAGAGGAGAAGCUGAAGGAGCGGGAGAGUGAACUCCGGGCAUUGCAAACCAAGGAUUACAAGGUGGCAGCUAUGCUGAUGGCAGUGGAGAAGAAGAUGGCCAAGAUCUGUGUGGCUGAAGAUGGCCGAAUUAAAAUCCAUGGACCUCUGAUGUGGACCUACAUCAUCAGUGUGGUCUUCAAGACCAUUUUUGAGGCAGGCUUUCUCUUUGGCCAGUGGUACCUAUAUGGCUUUGUCAUGGAUGCUCUCUAUGUGUGCCAGGGUUCUCCAUGUCCACACUUUGUGGACUGUUUUAUGUCCCGUCCCACUGAAAAAACCAUCUUCAUCCUUUUCAUGCUGGUAGUGGGCUUGAUCUCCCUUGCCCUCAACCUUCUGGAGCUUUUCCACCUCUUUUGUAAGCACCUAAUCAACAAGGUAAAGGAAGGUGACUGCUGUUCCCCAUCCUCUGCUCCCCCUCUGCCUUCUGAUGCCAACAGGUUCUCCAUGAAGCUUGAUAAAAUGCCAACUGAGCCUUAUCCACCAGACAAACCCUAUUUCUACCUCCCCAUGGCAGACAGGCAUUCCCCACCCUACCAGGGGUACAACAAGCUCUCCAGUGAGCAGAACUGGGCCAACUUCAACACAGAAGAAACCCUGGCCUUGCAAAACCAGAUUAAGCCUCCUGAUCUCUUUGCAACAGGAGCCCCUGGAAUCCAUUUCUCUCAGGAAAGGCAGUCCAGCCGCCCAAGUAGCAGUGCUUCUAAAAAACAGUAUGUCUAGCCAACAGCCAUUUGAAAUGUAAGUUACAUGGGGACUUCCUUGAUGGCAGCCAGGAUUCUCUCAAGGGUCUUUUCACAUGGAAGGCUUCACUGUGGUUCAUUACCAUGGAAGAAAGAGGCUGGGCCUCAGGAUUCUUCCCAAGUGCUUCCCAAGUUUCUACCACCUUAUUCUGCUGUCCAGGACUUCCAACCAGACCCAGAAUGAACUUGUGGAUCCACCAACUGUGGAAAAAGUGACAUAGAACAAUCACGUACAAGCUAUUGAAAUGGCUGGUUAAUGGGCAUUUAAACAUUCCCCCAGAUGGGGUGCUAUAUGUUGACUCCUGGGGACAAAUAAGUUGUUUGGUCUGUCUUUUUUGAGGCUUGUGACUUGCAGAUCAGAAAACCACCACUUGACCACAAAGGGAGGAGGGUAGGUAGAAGGGAAACCAGUUUGGAACCAUCCAAAACUGGGUCUCAAAUGCAACCUGAAAAGGAGAGUGCAGCAUGAACUCAAGGAGGAACUUCUGGUAUGUCACCUUUUUAGGAAUGGACAUGAGAAUAGGUUGAGGAAAGGCAUUUAUCAAGCAGAUUUGUUUUCAUGUUGCAGGAUGCCAAAAGUCUGAGCAGCUUACUUAUUAAAAACUGCAGCUCGUCUAUCGUUUGUGUACUGUUUCAAGUAGGCAUUGGGGAGAAUAAUUGCUACUGCUGAUGUUAGCUUAUUAAACAUGGCUCCUAUUUAAGUAUAGAACUAAGUCUAACGGAUGUGACUUAAGUCCUCUGGGUUAUUUCUUAGGUGUCUUCCAUGUAGCAGAGUAGAAAAGCACAGUUUUUGUCUUCACCGUAUUUGAACCUCCAAUUUCUGUAUCCACUGACACUUGCUGAACCUCUGAUUUGCAAAGGGCGCUCACGACAGUGUGUCUCUUCAGGUAGUAACUUGGAGAGGCUGAAUCAAAACUGUUCACUAAGUAUAUAAACUCUCCUUUCUCUGUCUUCUUCGGGGUGUAACUCCAUCUCUCAUCCCAGUUGGAUAUUUUUCUGGAGAUUGGCUUUCCACAAUCUAAAUGCCCUUCAACCCUGUUGGGGCUAUCGUUCCUUAACAGAGAAUAAAAAAUUGAGCUUAUCUUAACUGUACUCAGUAUACAUUUCCACAGAUGAUACUCUCUGAAUAUUGAAAGCUUUCUGGCCUCCUCAAAUGCAGAGAUCCUCACCCCUCUCACUGCAGUCAUUAUUUGUGCAGGACUCUGCCAAACAGGGUUGACCACUGGAUGUUUGAGGACAAUGUUGUAUUAUAUGUGUAUCCAUAUGAAUGGUUGCAGGGGUCAGUCUCUCUCCCAGCUUCAUAUUUGUACCUUAUUAUUAUUAUUAUUAUAAUGUGUUCUAAUUCUUUCAUAUCAUAUGACUGUAAGCACAAGCUGGAUCCUUCAGUGUUAAAACCACGGUCUCUCCUGCAGUGAGAAGAUAACAUGGAUUUUUUUAAUACACAUGUUUCAGUCUUUUGGAAGAAGAUUCCUGCCUUUCUCUGGAUUAAAUCAAAUCAGUGGGGUUGUUUGGGGUUUUUAUGUUUGUACCUGCAAAAAAAUAUGCUCUGGAAAUCACCUUUUGUUGUUGCAGGAGAAAAGCUUGUGAUGGUUACAAAAAUAGAUUUGUCUCCAUCUUCUAAGAGCAAAUUGUGAUAGGAAGCGAUCUGGAGGGUGGGGGCAAGGACCUUGUUUCCAUCUCAGGUGAACUGUUUCUCUUUACUAAGCUGUGAAAAGGAGAUUGUGGAAUGUAGAAAACCUAUCUGCCUGUCUGAGAUGUAGACAUCUCAGAUCAAUGUGGCCAUAAGAAGCUGGCUUCACAUCACCAGUUCACAACCAAUGUUCACACUUGCCAGGGGGCAAGUAUUGGUUUGGGGAGG